AUGACUAUUGACGAUGACGACCAAGUCGUUAUCGAAGAAGAAGAAGUGACGCAACUAUCCGAGGCAGAACAAGAAAAGCCUGUGGAUAAAAAAGCAGCCAAAAAAUUAAAGAAGCAAAAGCAAAAAGAGAAAGCAAAGACCGAGAAACAAGAAGAAGAAUUUGAUACUGAAUUCACAUUUUCCAUGGAUGGUGGAGGAAGACACACCCAUAAAGAUUGGGACUUUAGUGCUGCUCGAGACAUGUUGAAAUCAAAACAACAAGUGGAGCGUACUGAUAUUGAUGAAAUUAUUGCUAAAAAGAGACAAGAAGCAAAGGAUGCUAAGAAGGCUAAAAAACAACAACAAGAAGAAGAAAAAGAAGAAGACGAAGAAGAAGUUGUAGCUGAAGAAACAGACGACGAUGAUGAUGAUGAUUUGGCAUUAGAUGGUUUUGGUGCUGGUGCCGAAAGAAUUGAACCCGAAGAAGAAGAAGAAGAUAGUGACAGUGAUACUUCCGAAGAUGAAGAUGAAGAAGUAGAAGAUGUCAAUGUAGAUAGUGAUCAAGAAGCAGAAGAAGAUGAAGAAGAGAAAAAGCGUAAACAAGCAUAUUUUGCAGAUGAAUCCGAGACAGUAACAGAAGAACAUCAAUCAUUUGCUUCUAUGAACUUGUCUCGUCCUAUUCUUAAGGGUUUAUCUAAUGUUGGUUUCAUUAAGCCUACAGAUAUUCAAUCACGUACGAUUCCUGUUGCAUUGAUGGGUAAAGAUAUCUGUGGUGGUGCUGUCACAGGUUCUGGUAAGACAGCUGCUUUCAUCGUGCCUAUUCUGGAACGUCUUCUCUAUCGACCCAGACAGACACCUACCACCCGUGUCUUGAUUCUCUGUCCUACCCGUGAAUUGGCCGCUCAAGUACACAGUGUGGCUGUCAAACUUGCUAAUUUUACAGAUAUUACCUUCUGUCUCUGUGUGGGUGGUCUCAGUGUUAAGACACAAGAACAAGAACUCAAAUUGAAGCCUGAUGUAGUGGUAGCCACACCAGGUCGUUUGAUUGACCAUGUACGCAACUCAACUGGUUUCCAUCUAGAUGCUUGCGAAAUUCUCGUGAUGGACGAAGCUGAUCGUAUGCUGGAAGACGGUUUUGCAGACGAAUUAGACGAGAUCAUCAAGUCCUGUCCUCGUUCAAGACAGACCAUGUUGUUCUCUGCUACCAUGACAGACAAUGUGGAUCAAUUGGUUCGUAUGUCACUCAAUAAUCCAGUCCGUUUGUUUAUCGACAAGAAUAAUCAAGCUGCUUCCCGUUUGGUUCAAGAGUUUGUUCGUAUCCGUCAAACCCGUGAAUCUGAUCGUUCUGCUGUCUUGUUGGCCUUGUGUCGCAAGACCUUCAAGAACAAAGUGAUUGUGUUCUUCCGUUCCAAAGCUGCUGCUCAUCAGAUGAAGAUCUUGUUUGGUCUCAUGGGUCUUUCUGCUGCUGAAUUGCAUGGUAAUUUGACGCAAGAACAACGUCUGGAAGCAUUGGAGCGAUUCAGAGAUAAUGAAGUCGACUUUUUGUUGGCUACAGAUUUAGCUGCUCGUGGUCUGGAUAUCAAAGGGAUUGAGACCGUCAUUAAUUACAACAUGCCUACCCAGUUUGCUCAAUACUUGCAUCGUGUGGGGCGUACAGCCAGAGCAGGUCGUAAUGGUCGUUCUGUCACAUUAGUAGGUGAAGCAGAUCGUAAGAUGCUCAAAAUGGCUAUCAAAUCAGCCCAAGGUUCUCAAGUCAAGAACCGUGUGGUCAAUCAUGACUUGAUUCAAAAAUACAAGCAAAAAGUAGAGAGUUUAUCUGAUCAAAUCAAGGAAGUGUUGGCUGAAGAAAAAGAAGAAAAAGCACUUAGAAAUGCUGAAAUGCAAUUGAAAAAGAGUGAAAACAUGCUGCUUCAUUCAGACGAAAUUUAUGCCCGACCUGCUCGAACAUGGUUCCAAACAGGCUCAGAGAAGAAAAAGGCUCAAAAGACAAGUAAAGCUGAACAUCUUGCUAAAUAUGGUGUGACUGAAGAAAAACCUGUCAAGAAAGAAAAGAAGGACAAAUAUGCUGGUAUGAGUCGUCAUAAGCGAAGAAGAUUGCAGGCCAUGGAAGAAGAUGAUGAAGACAGUGGUCGACUUCAAAAAGUAGCUGCCAGAGCAGCCAAGAAGUCUUCACGACCUGCUCCUAUCAAAAAAAUGAGAAAAUAA